AUAAAACGAGUGAUUCAUGGUACUAAAGCUUCUGACUACAUGGUGCCUUGGCAAGCUUUCAUUCAAAUUAAGCGAUCCGAUAACAAAAUAGUUCGCUGUGGUGGCUCAUUAAUUGAUAAAAAAUACAUUAUUUCAGCCGCUCAUUGCUUUGAUAAAGUUUCAAAAGAGCCUCAAUCAAUCCGUAUCAUACUAUAUUUAUCGCAUGACGAUUUAAACAUUCAUUCAGCUUAUGCAGGUGGUUGUCAAGGUGUUGGCAGAUGUACCAUACGUGAUUUUAAUGCUGAUGUAGCAAUACUUAAAUUGCCAUCAUCUGUACAAACUAAUAGAUACGUAAGAACGCUUUGCUUGCCUAAUAAGAGAAUAUUAAGCAGCAACCUUGGCAAUUUAGACUGUCGCGUUGCAGGUUGGGGCAAUACCAGAGUAAGUGGUUCAGUUUCUUACCCGAGGUAUUUACGUUGGGCUAUGGUAUCUAUUCUUGACACAGACAAGUGUAACAAAUCAGUGGCCUACCGUAAUAGUAUCACAAACAAUAUGUUAUGCGCCGGCAAGUGGGAAGGCGGUGUUGAUACAUGUCAUGGCGAUAGUGGUGGACCAUUAAUGUGUCGCUUACCAAAUAGCCCGUGGAUGCUGAUGGGCAUUACAAGUACUGGAAAGGGCUGCGCACAGCCUAUGUCUCCAGGAGUUUAUACUAAGUUAUCAUCUCCAAUCAUUAAUAACUGGCUGAGUCAUUUUAUACAAUAG